GAGAACAGGGAAGCAGUGACAACCUGUGACAGAUUACCACACAAUCAGCGAAUACACAACAUAUCUGUGUGUAUGUGUGUUAUGUUUUGAACCUGUAGUCUCCUGCCCUGCUACCCUACCAGGGGACUCUUGGGUAGAGGUGUGUGGGGGGGAGAGGUUUGAGUAAGGGGGAUGCAGGCGAGGUGAGGGUGAGUAAGAGAUGAGUCAACUGCCCUCAGCUAUAAGAGAAGCCCUGAUGGAGCCUGGGAGUGACACACACACAAACCCUCAGAGGAGUGCCAGUGCUGUUCUUUAUAUAAACACAGAGAAACCACCAGGUUCUAGACACAAACCUGCACACAUAUUGACACAGGUACACACGUUCAGGCACAUACACCCAUUCCUCCAGACUACAGAUAUGGACUGCUCCAUGGCCCUCCUGUUGUCCUCUCUGUUGGCUCUGUUCAGCGUGGGGGCGGGAGCUUCACUCUCAUUGCAUGUAGUGAGGACCAAGGUCAAAGACCUUGCUCAAACCAUGGUGAUUAGGAUCAAAAAGCUGGAUAUAUCUCCUAACCUGAUCGAGGGCAUGGACCCAUUUCUCCCUGCGGCUGCAGUAGAUCAGCAUAUAGAAAGCCUGCCUUCCAUAGUGGAGACCAUGGGGUUCUACCAGGACCUACUGCUCGUCCUAGACUGGGCAGACCUCAAACAGCUGGUGGAAGACACCUCCACUAUGAGGGGUCUGCUGGAGAACUGGAUGAUAUCACGCUGCCCAGGCCGCCAACAGAAACAGACAGGAGAGGGAGGGCUGUCAGAGGCUCUGAAAGACACUACCAGGAAGUAUGGUCUGAGUGUGGGUCCAGUUGCGCUAAACAGACUCAAGGGCUACCUUGGUCGGUUACUACUGAACCUGGAUCAGCUGAAUUACUGUUACUAAUGUUGACAAUCACUGAGCAACUGUACUCAGAUCAGUUUGUGCCAUGCUGAACAACUGUUACUGACAGUGACUGUCACUGAGUAACUGAACUAUGAUCAACUCGUGAUCUGCUGAAAUCCUAGAAUGAGUUGAAGCAAGACUGGACAGUGGGGUCAUGGUGUCUGAAGAUUCUCCUAAAUGUAGGUCAUCCCACUGUCACCAUCUCCUGCUAAGUUAAGACAUUUUAUAUUGUAUUAUUUAAACAAAAGACUGUAUCUUUAUUUAUAUUUAUUUCUAUCAAGAAGAGAAAAAAUAAGCAGCUUUGUUUUGUAGCAUUAUACACCCCUCAGUCAGUGGCACAGGGGGAAGUGUUUACUAAGUAUUGAAUCCGCUGUAUUGCAGAAUGUACACACACACACACACACGUUGAGUAAUGCUGUCUGCUCCAGGGAGGACUAGACUGCAUGUGUGUAGUGAUGUCAUCAUACUCACAGAGAGGUUUUCCUGAAAGCUAAGACAGCCUCUGCCAGGAAACCAGAUGUUUUGAUGUUAGAGCAGUGACAGAGAGGGAAGGUGGGGGAGAGAGGGGGGGCGAGAUCAGUUCUCAAUGACAUUCCAAGAUGGAUUCUCAAUGACAACGUUACAUUGCAUUCAGAUUGAAAUACAUUGUAUAGAACACAUGAUUGUCUAUCCUGAAGAGCAGUGAGUCAUGUCAGCUCUAUUUCAUUACAAUUCUAUAUACAAGGUUCUGAAUAUGAUUCCUCACUGAACACAUCCCAACUCAUUCUCUUCUUGACACUAUAAGCACUUAUGCCAGCAACAUACCAUCAUACAUCCCACUGUUGGCUUGCCAAUGAAGCUAAGCAGGGUUGGUCCUGGUGGGUUGCUGGAUGAGAGACCAGAUGCUGAUGGAAGUGGUGAUGGAGGGCCAGUAGGAGGCACUCUUUCCUCUGAUCUGAAAAAAAGAUCCCAGGGCAGUGAUAGGGGACAUUGUCAUGUGUAGGGUCCAUCUAUUGGAUGGGAUGUUAAACAGGUGUCCUGACUAUCUGUGGUCAGUAAUAGAUCCCAUAGUACUUACUGUAAGAGUAGGGGUCUUAACCCUGGGGGUCCUGGCUAAAUUCCCAAUCUGGCUGUCUAAUAUGCCAUCUAAUCAUCCCCAGCUUCUAAUUGUCUCAUUCCUCUCCCCUAUAAUUAUUCCCCAGGUUGUUGCUGUAAAUGAGAAUGUGUGCUGAGUCAACUCACCUGGUAAAACAAAAUGAUUUAUACUGUAAUAUAUUUUUGGUACAUUUUAAUCUAUUUAAUCUUGGAUGAUAUGCAAAGUCUAUUUAAUAAAAUGCUCUCCUUUUCUAUUA